UAGCGAAUUUGAUUGAUGUAGACUGGAAUUAUGUGUAUGGAAUAUUCAAAAUAGAAAUGGACUGAAGAGAACAACUGAGCUCAUUCGUUUGAAGCUGCAUUGCCGCGGUUGUGAAUGUGUUGUGAUACAUUAUACCGUGGAUAUCCGGGGAUGUCUGCCGUUCAUAUCCAUUUGUAUUAUUUCCGCAACCGUUUCAGGCGCAUGCUCAUGUAUGUCCAGCUGAGUCCAUCGGCCAUCUCAGUGGCAAUCGAUAUAUCCUUUGAUGGGUACGCAGACCAUAUGUUCAUCACUAUCGUUGUGAUGAUGAUGAUCUCCGUCGCUGGAGCAUUCAACUCUGGAACCUUGAUGUGCAGUGCGUUUGAUCCGGGUGCCCCCUCUCCUCUUGUCCAAGACUCGACUUUGUCAGGCAUAGAAAACUGGGAGUCAUCUUGGCCAGCUGCGGAUGAAUUCCUUUCUGCAAAGAGGCUAGAUCGUUAAUACCCAUCCCUCCAAUGGGCUAGAUUAUUCUUGAGCUAUAUGAAGUGCCUUUGAGAUAUUUAGUUAAAUGACAAGAAGAUUUUAAUCUUGA